AGUUAUAGACAAUCGGUGCAGAAGAGAUCGGUUGACAGUUCUUGCGGUGAAGUUUGAUGAUCCGCAUGCGCAUUUCAUAGAUCAUCGCGGUCACGCGCCUCGCCACUCUGUCUGCCGCUCUAAACCUCAAACCUUCGUCAUCGAACCACCACCACCCCGCACCAGAAUGGCGACGGUAGAAGGCCGUGCAGAACCUCUGUCAGCGAACAAGACACCGCCAAACCUGCCCUGGCCUGACAUCUCUUCGCGCGCCAAGUGGUCUGUGUCGUCCUACAAAUUUGGAUUCGGGGCCGAAUGUCUCUGUGACGGAGACCCGGAAACGUUUUGGCACUCGGACGGACCACAGCCGCAUUUUGUGACCAUCGAGUUUCCCCGAAAAGUUGCCAUCCAGAAGCUUUGUAUAUAUCUAAGCCACCCACAAGACGACUCGUACACGCCUUCCGCCCUUGCAAUAAGAGCAGGCACAGGCUACAGCGACCUCCAGGAUGUCAGGAUGAUCACAUUCGAGCGACCGGACGGGUGGAUCACAUUCGACGUUUCUUCAGAGCCUAACGAGGACGGGGAUGGGCUGAAGCCGGUCUAUGCGUAUUUGUUGCAGAUAAUCGUCGUCGCCAAUCACAUGGGUGGAAAAGACACGCAUGUUCGCGGCCUGCGAGUCCUUGGCCCUGUCGAUGACGGGGGCACUGACGAGGAUCCAUUCCCCUUCAAGCAUCCACAAUUCAAAAUGUUUGAAACGAUUCGGUGAUUUUAUCAUUUUUGUUUUGGUGAUAGUGAAUUGUAUUGCAUUUACCAGUCAGAGGACGCCUCGUUGAGUUGUCCCGGGGAAAGCCGCCGCCGCUCGAUUAUCAAGAUGGAGAGCAGAAUAUCGUCAAACAAUGCCUGCAACUGCUUGAGAUGCUGUUUGUUACAAGAAACGGGAAGACGUACUUGACCGACCGGGUAUAUCCGUAGUUUAGAGAGAGGUGUGGGUUCGGUUCCCUGUGGCUUCAGGGAAGCACCUUUGAAUUGAGCUAUCUUCGCAUGGUAGGGUGACGGGAAUUUCUCCGAGGCCAUAUAACACUGUCAGUUGUUCAGACCACCGACCUUGCGUCGGAUUGGACAGGAGAACGGACAUUGAAUAAUCCUGUAACUUCGUCGACCAGUUCCCACCGAAGAUGUUGCGAACGGUCUGGUCGGAACUUCCAAACCCAUCUGUUCAUCCGACUUUUGCCAUAGAUAGCAUCUUUGAUCUUCUUUUGCACUGCACCCACACAGACCGUGCUGGGGAUCGCCGAUUUCCCCAUUCUGAGAACGAUAAGACGCGGUGUCAGUGUUGAAUGACCAACAUACUCGAACUCGGCUGCAACGUGGAGGCCGGCGCUCUUGUGAAUCGUAGUAAUAAAGGAGGAUGGAUUCAAGCAAUUGAGGGAGACAGAGAUCGUGUACACGGGACGCGAGUCAGGGAAACCUGGCGGCGGUAGAACCAGCAUCGUGUUGUACCCUUGCGGUGAAAGUGUGUAGUUGACUGGGUCAACUGGUAUCCUCGCCUCUUCAUAGCUACCACAUUGUCAACACCAGCGGUCAAACGAGGCAAGGACCGGAGAACUUUGGCGGUGAUUCUGUCGGAGCAGCCUCUAUCCCACCCUGCAGUCUCAACCAGUCGCUGUGGUCCCUAUCGGACGAUAGAACUUGCGGUUCGAUGUAUGGAUCCAGUGUGAAGUUCUAAGGAGGUGCAAGGGUUGGAGUCUGAGAGCAAGUCGUGGUUAAGGCAGCUUUUACAUCAUGACUGAUGGAACUUGGGAACCCGAGAACUAGAAGGAAGGACUUGGCGAAGCCUCACUGGUUGCGGGCGGGCAUAGAAUCCAGGCGUACUGCACCGUAUCACGAUCGCGA